ACCCGACAUAAGCCUGAAUUUAUUCGACUAAUGUCACAGCCGACUCUAGUACUAGCCGUGCUGAACAACGUGGCAACACCGCUCAUGGCGGAUUCGGGACUCCAAGACUGCACUUCACUGCCGGCAAAACGCCUUACACUUCGAUUUGCUUUGUGUGCGAUCCACGCGCUAGAGUUACAUUUAUUUAACCAAUCGAAAUGAAAUUUAAAACAUACACUGGAAUUACCUGGUCCACGUUGGAACUGACUGGUUUACUCGAAGACGAAGACUCCCGUGUCUUUUUCGAGAAAUUUAAGAAACACUUCGGCUUGCAUCCUUUCCAUUUAACAAAUCUAAACGCCGCAUUAAACGAAAUAUUAAGUUCUAAUUUAAAUUCUUAUGACACUGAAUUGAAAGGAUUUUUGUUGGCUUACAAGAAUCCCAAAUUAUUGACACCACUGGGAGAAAUAUUUUAUGAUACUUGUUUCAUUCAUGUUGAUAUAGAAGCAGAAUUUUAUGUAUUUAGACCAGAAGUAGGCUGUUUAUUGAAAGGAACCAUCAAUAAGAAAGGUUUAGACUACAUUGGAGUCCUUGUACACAAAACAUUUAAUGUAUCUAUUCCAAAGCCAGAUGACAAAGACAAUUGGUUAGGUGAAAGUCUUGAAAUAGGCCAGGAAGUAAAAUUUGUAGUAACGCUUUUCGAUUCCAACAGUAAAUUACCAUUCAUUCGUGGCACUUUGAAUCCAGACAAUUAUCUAGAAGGUUGCAGACUCAGUGAGCAAAAAUUGAACAGAAUAUCGAAUCAGAAUAACAAAGAAUGUGUAAUAAAUAGAAUAGAAAGUAAAAGUAAGAAGAGGAAAAAACAUACAUUCCUUGCAAUUGAUUCUGAAAACAGUUCUGACGAAGAUACAUUUCAAAUAAAGAAAGAAACUCCUACACAGAGGAAAACAAAAAAGACAUUUGAGCGAGAAGAAGUGACUAAAUUUAACGAAGACAAGAAGGUUAAGCAGAUUAACAAAACUAUACCUAACAUGAUUAAAGAGGAAAUCAUGCAAGAAUAUAAACCAGAGAAAUCUACUUCUUCGAAGAAGAAUAUACAGAAGAAGCUUAGAGAUCAUAGUUCAGAGAGUAGUGUGGAGGAAUUUAGUGAUCUAAAGUCUCACAAGAGAAUUUCAAAAAAGUUGUCUGUUGUCAAAUCCCAAGAUGAAAUCAAGAAUAUUAAGUUAGAAGAUGGAGAUGUUUCAGAAAUUGAAAGGAAGUGGAAGAAAAGCUUUUCAAAACGAAAGCAAUUGGAUGAAACUGACAGUUCAGUAGAUUUAGCGGAAGAUAAACAUGUAAAGAGUAAGAAUAUUUCGAAGAGACUGAAAACGACAGAUGUAGACAGCAAUGAGACACUCAUUAACAUUAAAAUGGAACCAUUGAAUGACCAAUAUAUCAGUGAAGUAAAUUACGAAAGGUCUCCCGAAAAGAAGAAACACAAAAAACAUAAACAUUCUACGAAACUGGUUCUUCCUAUAAGUGAUACGAAUGGAAAUGUUGAAAAGUCUUUUGGGAAGUGUUCAAGAAAGGACUCUGAAUCUCCAGUUCAGAAUAUAAGGACUGAUAGUUUUGAAAUUACUGAAAAAGCAUCAAAGAAAAUUUCUGAAUUAAAUCCUUUCACCUGUAAUUCUAAUUAUAUGGAAAAUGAUGAAGAUAAUAUGUUUAAGAAGAAACGAAAAAAGCAUUCAAAGAAGCUUUCAGAUGCAAGCGAGAUUAUAAUGGAUGGGUUCGAGGACAUUGUAAUGAAAAUAGAGAAAUCUAACGAUUCUUAUGACGACACGAUAGGAAAUCUUCAAAACGAUGAUGUGGAAGCUUCUUUACAUAAUAUAAAAAUAAAAAAGAAAGAAUUUAUAACGGACAGUGCGUCUGACGAAGAUCCGAUUGAUACGUGCAAUCAGAAUGUUAAACAGAAGAAUAGUAAAUAUUCUCCAAAUAAACAAGUAAAUGGAUCAGAAUGUGAUUUCAGCAGAGUCAAAGUUAAAAUUGAAGACUGUAGUGAUAGCUAG